AUGGAGACCACCUGGAGAAGUUCGCUGCUGCCCUCUUCCAAAGUCGCGGCGAAGGAGCAGUUCGUGAAGAUAACUCCUCUCAAGAGCGUGUUCCCCAUGUUCGUCGAUCGCAAGACCAAGCUGUUGCCUCUCUCCGAGGUGCCGCGCGUGCUGAGGGCGUGCGGCCUCACGAUUCUCGGCGAGCAGGAGAAGACGAUCAAGCAGGAGGUCGAGAAGAUCGAUGGCUUGGGCAAGCCCGAGAACGAGAGCAAGUACAGCUCGACGUACGGCGCGGCAUACGACAGCCUCGGCACGCUGUGCUACGAGGGCGUCGUCGGGAACACUUCUGGGGUGGUCCAGAUCAGCCACCUGCAGCACAUCGUGACCAGCGUGGGGGACAAGGUCACCGCGGGCAGCUUUGCGACGGUCCACAAGGAUCUGCUGGGCGACCAGAAAGAGAACGUGCCCCUCGACGAACUCCUGGCCUACCUGCGGAGGUAA